GACCUCAGACGCGGGGCCCUAGGUGCGCCCGGCACAACUAGGUGCAAAGCCGUUGCAGCUGGGGUCCGGCACACACCUGCUUGUGUCGGGCCCCCUUCGCUUGACCUAGUAGCUCCUAUUGCUCACGUGCAAAACCUCAAUCGGCCGGGGUAGGGCGUUGCGCGUGAAAUGACACGCACGGAGGAGGACCGGCUGCGACGGCAGAUAGCGAUACUCACGCAGUUCAAGGACCUGCUGCAAAACGAGUCGUCGGUGGCGUCGCAGACGGUGGCGGUGUUUGCAGAGCUGUUGGAUGAGGUGGUGCUGGACGUGUCGCAGGAGGUGCACCGUGAGGCCCGAACCGGCAGGCUGCCGCUGCCGGCAGCAGCUCUGCCUGCCGACGCAGCAGCGGCAGCAGGUGGCCAAGCAGCAGCAGCAGCAGGCACCCUAGGCGCUGCUGCAAACGGCGAGGUUCAGGCCGGCAGCGGUGCACCGCUUGCCGCCGCCGCGGCUGCUGCUGCAGCCGCUGCGGUCGGCGUGGCAGCGGCGGCGGCGGCGGGUUCCGCCCGCGCCGGGCGCGGAGGCCCGGUUGACGUGUUUGGUCAGAGCCAUCCAGCCAAGGCGACUGACAUAGUUACAUGCCGCAACUGCGGGCGGCAGGUGCAGGCAGGCAGCUUCGCGCCCCACCUGGAGAAGUGCAUGGGCAAGGGCCGGGCGGCGGCACGCGCCGCCAGCCGCCGCAUCGCCGCCGGGCUGUCGUGACGCGCCGCGGCGUGGCGCUGAUGUGCAGGCGCAACCUUGCUGGCAGCAUAUCGAGUAGAUGUGUGUGAGAAGUACAGCGCUGGUUGGAUGAUGGCUGCGGGGUAGGGGGUGCUGAAGGAUGCCGCUUGCAAUGGAGCGGCGCUUAAAGUUUGGUUGGUAGCUUGGGGAAAAGUGGUUUGCGGGCUUGAAUGCGCUGACUUGUUUAUGUGAGAGACACCGGACCCAGAAUGGACACGGUGAAUGAUGGCUUUUGCUGGGAUUGUGAUGAGCUGCUUGUGGGCCCAGGAGCGGGCAGGGGAGUCGAGCUGACUGGAGGGAUACAGCGUCUGUGCCUGCGCGGUGUGCCGCGGAGACUGCAGCGCGAAUGGGUGGAUGCAUGGCGCUGCUUGGCAGCGCGUUGAUUGGACUGUAAUGUGUGUUUCACAGCUUUCCCGAAAGUCCUGAUCCAGGGUCCCAGACUCGGGCACAUUGGGAAGCCUGCGCAUCCAGAACGUAGGCAAUACAGGCAGUAGGUUGGAAGCUUAUGCGUACCUGUGUAGUGUGUACCGGUACUGCCUGCAUGGUGGGAAGUCUGCAGGACGCUACCAGCAGCCUUGGGCAUGGAGCGCAGAUGGUGGGCAAACUGGUGGGCUCCAUGCUAGGUAUGCACGGGACAACCCAAGCAGCGCUGUGUGUACGGCUGGCUGCCUGGUGCUAAGCCGGUGUUGGGAGCACCCCAGGGGCAAAGCCGAGUCCGAAAGGUCAAGAAUGAUUACACCGGAGAAGUAGUGCAUAAUGGUAGAUGCACAACUCUCGUCAGGGUUGCGUAGUUCGUAGUACGCGUACUAUGUACUACGUACUGUACUGCGUACUGCACGCUGCCCUUGUCGGCUAGUACGUUGGAAAAUACGUUGUGCUGGGGAAACCAGCGGGGUGGGCCGUGGCAGCGCCGUGGCGGGGCGAGGGGUGCGAGGGGUGCUGGAAUGGAUGUCCGUCGAAGUUCGCGAACCAUGAUUGCUCUCCGCAGCUGCGUUUUCUUAUAUCAAUAUGAGUAUAAUAAGUUGCAGGAAAUUCCGCUAUAAGAGU